GCAAAGCCCUCACCUUUCUGCUAUAUACUUCUACCCAUAAACUAAAGUUUGGAGCGUUACACCAUAGAAAAACCUCUUUACCUAAUUUUUCAUUUGCUCUUUCUUUCUUUCACUUUCUCGGAAUCCAAACGUAGUGCCAUAGAGGGUGUACUAUUGUGUGGUUUGUUAAAAAUGAAUUAUAGAUUUCAGAAUUUGCUAGGAGCUCCUUACAGAGGUGGAAACGCUGUAAUCACUCAAAAUACCCAAUUAAUCUCACCGGUUGGUAAUCGUGUUUCCAUCACCGACCUCGUAAAGUCGCAAACCAUAACUCUCCCUGUACAGUCAUCCUCCAAUAUCCGCCGUCUUGCCGUCUCCCCUGAUGGGACCUUUUUACUUACUGUCGACGAGAACAACCGAUGCCACUUUAUCAAUAUUCCUCGCCGUGCGGUUCUCCACCGUAUAACUUUCAAAAAAACUGUCAAUGCUCUCAGAUUCAGCCCCGACGGCAAGUACAUUGCGGUUGCAGCCGGAAAAUUGGUCCAAAUAUGGCGGUCUCCGGGGUUCAAAAGGGAAUAUUUUGCUUUCGAGUUGGUUAGGACUCUUGCGGACUGUGAGGAUACAGUUACGGCUUUGGAUUGGAGCUUAGAUUGUAAGUAUCUGUUAGUGGGAUCGAAGGAUUUGACGGCAAGACUUUUUUGCGUUAAGAAAUUGCAAGGGAUUUUGAACAAGCCAUUUUUGUUUUUAGGGCAUAGAGAUGCAGUUGUUGGUUGUUUCUUUGGUUAUGAUAAGAAAACAAAUAAUGUUAAUAAGAUAUAUACAAUUGCUCGUGAUGGAUACAUUUUUAGUUGGAGCUACAGUGGCACUGAUGGUAAAUUAAAUGAAGAUGAUGAGCAAGAUUCAAAGCCUUCCUCAUCAGGAACACCAGAGCAGGAUGGUGAAAGAAAUUUGGAUGGUGCAAAUGGGAUUGAUGUGAAGAAAAGAAAGGAAUUUGAGGGGAAAGAUGCUAAUUCGGAUCUAAACAGUUAUUUGCAUAAAGGGAAGUGGGAGCUGUUAAGGAAAGAUGGGUUUAUGCAAUCUCAAACAAAAUUGACUGCCUGUGAUUACCAUAGGUUGCUUGAUAUGGUGGUAGUGGGAUUUUCUAACGGUGUUUUUGGCUUAUACCAAAUGCCAGAUUUUAUUUGCAUUCAUUUGAUGUCAAUUUCAAGGGAAAAGAUCACCACUGCAGUAUUUAAUGAGACUGGGAAUUGGCUAACAUUUGGUUGUGCAAAGUUGGGGCAAUUGCUUGUUUGGGAAUGGCGAUCAGAAAGUUAUAUAUUGAAACAACAAGGGCAUUACUUUGAUGUGAAUUGCUUGGCUUACUCUCCAGAUUCACAGUUGUUGGCUACUGGGGCAGAUGAUAACAAAGUGAAGGUAUGGACUGUUUCCUCAGGCUUUUGCUUUGUAACAUUCUCAGAGCACACAAAUGCAGUUACUGCACUCCAAUUUAUGGCUAAUAACCAUUCUCUGUUGAGUGCAUCUUUGGAUGGGACAGUUCGUGCUUGGGAUUUAUUUCGAUAUCGAAAUUUUAGGACAUUUACCACCCCCUCUUCAAGACAAUUUGUUUCAUUGGCUGCUGAUCAAAGCGGUGAAGUAAUAUGUGCAGGAACUUUAGAUUCUUUUGAGAUAUUUGUUUGGUCAAUGAAGACUGGCCGAUUGUUGGAUGUUCUUAGUGGUCAUGAAGGUCCUGUGCAUGGAUUGACAUUUUCUCCUACGAAUGCCAUAUUAGCAUCAUCAUCAUGGGACAAAACUGUUCGUUUAUGGGACGUAUUUGAAGGAAAAGGUGCUGUUGAAACAUUCACUCAUACGCAUGAUGUUCUUACGGUGGUUUAUCGCCCAGAUGGAAGGCAAUUGGCUUGCAGCACAUUAGAUGGGCAGAUUCAUUUCUGGGACCCUAUCAAUGGCUUGUUAAUGUUCACCAUUGAGGGCCGUAGGGAUAUUGCUGGGGGGCGCCUCAUGACUGAUCGUAGAUCAGCAGCAAAUUCAACUGCAGGAAAGUGCUUCACAACUUUAUGCUAUUCUGCUGAUGGGAGUUACAUACUAGCUGGUGGAAGUAGCAAAUACAUAUGUAUGUAUGACAUUGCUGAUCAGGUUCUUUUGCGUCGCUUUCAGAUAACCCAUAAUCUAUCACUAGAUGGAGUGCUCGACUUCUUGAACUCAAAGAAAAUGACAGAUGCUGGUCCACUCGAUUUAAUUGACGAUGAUGACACUGAUACAGAAGAAGGUGUGGAUAAACAAGUUCGAGGAAAAUUGGGUUAUGAUUUACCAGGAUCCAUGCCCAAUCAUGGAAGGCCUAUUAUUCGAACAAAAUGUCUGAGAAUUGCACCCACUGGCCGGAGCUUUUCUUCAGCGACAACAGAAGGGGUUCUAGUUUAUUCAAUUGAUGAAUCCUUUAUCUUUGAUCCCACUGAUCUUGACAUAGAUGUAACACCAGAGGCAGUCGAUGAAGCACUAGAUGAGGAUCAACCGAACAGAGCUUUAAUUCUCAGCCUUCGUUUGAACGAAGAUUCGCUAAUAAAAAAAUGCAUUUUUGCUGUCAAUCCAAUAGAUAUACCAGCUGUUGCCGCCUCAAUUCCUUUCAGAUAUCUGCAAAGAUUAAUAGAGGCACUUGCUGAUCUGUUGGAAGGCUGUCCACAUUUGGAGUUUAUACUUCGAUGGUCUCAGGAGCUGUGCAAAGCUCACGGUAACUCUAUUCAACAGAAUUCCAGAAAUCUUCUUCCUUCUUUAAAAUCUUUGCAGAAGGCAAUUACCGGAAUACAUCAGGAUUUAGCAGAUACUUGUUCUUCUAAUGAGUACAUGCUUCGAUACUUAUGUUGUACGGGUAGCAACAAAUGAUGGACACUGUUAUUGAUUAAAGGGUAAUCUUCACAUCUGGUUUUUGAUGUGUACGGUUGUUUGGGAUCGCUCAAGCAUUGGCAAGUGAAAGGCACUUGCUUUCUCCUGUAUGAUAAUUUUUUGUUUAUCAUCCUUAGACCAAGUGCUGCAAGUCACUGUGAAUCACAUGAUCGAGUUUUUGAUUGCUCAUAUCGCGAUAGGUCUUGUUAAAGCCAUUUUGUUUUGGGAAAUAUCCAUAUGAUAUACAUUUCAUGUAUAAUAUACAUUGUUGCUGUAUGCGAAGGAUAAGAAGGAAAUUUUGAUAGUAUGAAUUCUUUCCCUCUUUCUGCAGAAAGGAAAGAAAAACCUUAUAUUUC